GGAAUAGGCCAAAGAUCACGUUGGACUUGCAAUCAAAAGCUACCAAUUACUUUCGCUAUGGGCCUUCUGCGGAUUUAUCCAACAUUGUUCAUACUCAAUUCAACUAUCACUCCCAUCCCAAAUCAAAUCAAAGCGUCAAGUUUCGAACUAGUUCCGCUUUCAGUCUCAAAAGAGCAUCGUCAUGAAGCUCGUACGUUCUCGUCGAUGGCUGAGAACUCCUAAUGUAGACAGAAGAAGAUUCAGAAAGUUUUGUACAUGGCGGAGGGAUCUCGAAGAGGACAAUGAAAAUGAUUCGCACUUCGUUUAUGUGCUCGAGCAAAUUGUACGAGGAAAUCAGAGCUGGAAGAUUGCCUUCAACAAUGCAUUAAUUUCAGGUAAUUUAAAGCCCCAUCACGUAGAAAAGGUUUUGAUUCGAACUCUCGAUGACUCUAGGUUGGCUUUGAGAUUCUUCAAUUUCUUGGGACUUCAUAGAAAUUUCCAUCACUCCGCUGCGUCAUUCUGUAUUUUAAUUCAUUCCCUCGUUCAGAAUAGUUUGUUUUGGCCUGCAUCUUCGCUUUUGCAAACCCUUUUGCUCCGUGGACAAAAACCACUUGAGAUUUUCGAGAAUUUAUUGGAAUCUCAUAAGAAGUACAAAUUUUCUUCGAGUUCAGGUUUUGAUUUGUUGAUUCAGUAUUAUGUGCAGAACAAGAGAGAAAUAGAUGCUGUUUUGGUUGUAAAUCUCAUGAGGGAGUAUGGGUUGUUGCCUGAAGUUAGAACUUUAAGUGCUUUGUUAAAUGCUUUAGCGCGAAUUAGGAAAUUCUGUCAGGUAUUAGAACUAUUUGAUACACUUGUGAAUGCAGGUGUUAAGCCUGAUAGUUAUAUUUACACGGUGGUGGUUAGAUGCUUCUGUGAAUUGAAGGAUUUUGACAAGGCCAAGGAAAUAAUUAAUCAGGCCGAGUGCAAUGGAUGUAGUUUGAGUAUUGUAACUUAUAAUGUGUUUAUCCAUGGGCUCUGCAAGAGCAAGAGAGUUUGGGAGGCUGUUGAAAUCAAGAGAUUGCUAGGUGAAAAGGGUUUGAAAGCAGAUUUGGUUACCUAUUGUACGUUAGUGUUGGGAUUGUGUAGAAUCCAGGAAUUUGAGGUUGGGGUGGAGAUGAUGGAUGAAAUGAUCGAGCUGGGAUAUGUUCCAAGUGAAGCUGCUGUUUCAGGAGUCAUAGAUGGGUUGAGGAGAAUAGGGAGUAUUGGAGGUGCUUUUGAGUUUCUACACAAAGUUGGGAAACUUGGAGUAGUGCCUAACUUAUUUGUUUAUAAUUCGAUGAUCAAUUCAUUGUGCAAAAGUGGGAAGUUGGAAGAAGCUGAGUCGCUUUUUAAUGUAAUGACUGAAAGGGCUUUGUAUCCAAAUGACGUCACGUACACUAUCUUGAUCGAUGGAUUUGGACGAAAGGGCAAACUGGAUGUUGCUUCCUAUUACUUCAAGAAAAUGAUAGAGUCUGGCAUUGGUGCGACUGUGUAUUCAUACAAUUCUAUGAUAAAUGGUCAAUGCAAGUUUGGGAACAUGAGAACGGCGGAGCUUCUCUUCAAGGAGAUGGUUGACAAAGGAUUGAUACCAACAGUGGCAACUUAUACUUCAUUGAUAAGUGGAUAUUGCAGAGAUGGGUUGGUGCCAAAAGCAUUUAGGAUAUAUCAUGAAAUGACCGGAAAAGGCAUUGCUCCAAAUACUUUUACUUUUACUGCUCUUAUUUGUGGUCUGUGUCAAAUUAACAAAAUGGCUGAAGCCAGUAAAUUAUUUGAUGAAAUGGUUGAACUGAACAUUCUUCCAAAUGAGGUGACUUAUAACGUUUUGAUUGAGGGGUACUGUAGGGAAGGUAACACCACAAGAGCUUUUGAAUUGCUGGAUGAAAUGAUUAAGAAGGGCCUAUCACCAGACACAUGCACCCAUAGGCCCCUAAUUGCUGGUCUUUGCUCUACUGGUAGAGUUUCCGAAGCCAAGGAGUUCAUAAACGACCUUCAUCACGAGCAUCAAAGGUUGAAUGAGUUGUGUUAUACUGCACUUCUGCAAGGUUUCUGCAAGGAAGGAAGAAUUAAUGAAGCGUUAGUUGCUCGUCAAGAGAUGGUAGGACGUGGAGUGCAUAUGGAUCUAAUAAGUUAUGCUGUUCUUAUCUGUGGAGCUUUGAAGCAGAACGAUAGAAGAUUGUUUGAUCUUCUAAGGGAAAUGCAUGCUCAUGGACUGAGACCAGAUAAUAUAAUAUACACCACUUUGAUUGAUGGCUCCAUCAAAGCAGGAAAUCUCAGAAAGGCAUUUGGAUUUUGGGACAUUAUGAUCAGUGAAGGAUGCAUUCCCAAUGUCGUGACUUACACAGCGUUGGUGGAUGGAUUAUUCAAGGCAGGACAUGUCAAUGAAGCCAAACUGCUUUUCAAGCGUAUGCUGGUCGGUGAGGCUAUUCCCAAUCAUAUAACUUAUGGUUGUUUUCUGGAUCACCUCACAAAAGAAGGAAAUAUGGAGAAUGCUCUACAACUACACAAUGCAAUGCUCAAACGGACUUUAGCAAAUCCUGUCACGUAUAAUAUACUUAUCCGAGGUUAUUGCAAGAUAGGAAAAUUUCAUGAUGCAGCCAAGCUUCUUGAUCGAAUGAUUGGAAAUAGUAUCAUCCCCGAUUGCAUCACAUAUUCGACAUUUAUCUAUGAAUAUUGUAGGAGGGGUAAUGUGGAUGCAGCUAUUGAGAUGUGGGAGUGUAUGCUACAAAGAGGCUUGAAGCCUGAUACAGUAGCAUUUAACUUUCUAAUACAUGCCUGCUGUCUCAAUGGUGAACUGGACAGAGCUUUGCAGUUGCGCAAUGACAUGAUGUUAAGGGGUUUGAAACCAACUCGGUCGACAUAUUAUUCCCUGAUUGGUGCGACUUGCUCAACGAGCUAGGUUGACACCAGUUCAGUGGUUGGUGAAUUGAUGACAAUGCUUGAAGGAAACCACGUCGCGGACUUCUAACAUCUGCAGUUGCAAAGAGGGGAGACUCGACACUGUAGUUAAUAAUACGUCCUGUAGAAUAGAAGCAGGAAUGAUUGUUGUGCAUUAGUGAUGGAUGAUGAGCAAAAUAAAGCGUACAAACUUUGUUUUUGGCGGCAACAACAUUAAAUACCCAGCUUUCAGAUGUUGGGUAAGUUCAGCGGCUUGGUUUCCAUUGACUAUUGGGGGGUUUGAAGUGAAGUGAGAUCUUAGCGUUGGAAUGCCUAAAGGCCAAGGAGUUAAUCCAAAGGUUCUAUAAGAGAAAGAAGUUUGGUUGUGGUUUUGAACCCAAUUUUUGAGGAUGAUCCUUUCUCCGGUGCAAGUUUGGGCAUUUUGUUAAUCUCAAUGCCAUCAUCCGUAAAUGUGAUGCAAACUUCACUACAAGGAAUAAAAUUGAUCCAAAAUAUGUAUGUGUAUGUUAUAGUAACCGCUUGGAGUUGAGGUAAGAGAAUUUUGUUUUCUUGUUUAUCUUACUGAAUUUGGGCUUGUUAAAAACAUUUUCAGACCUAAAGCAUUUUGUCUUUCAGUUAUCUUAUUUGAUGGACCUUUUCAAUUUGAUUCUUUGAAAAAGGUUCUAAUUUAGAGCAGUGGACAAUUGGAGCUAGUGAGGGAGGAGUUGUCACUUUUUAGUCAUCCCAAUCUACUUCCACCUCUGUCUGCUUUGAUUUAUAAGCUUUGAUUUGAUUCACGGAUGUAACGGUAUUUCGUGUUAGGUUUGUGAAUCAUGUUACCAGUAGCUUUUUCUUAAGUUUUUAGGACUUUGUAGAUGGUAUGAAAAUGUAUUCAUAUGGGGUUGAUAGUUAAUUAUAUUUUUGAACUUAUCCAUAUGGGUUCAUAUUCUUUUAACUUAGAAAUUGUUCAUUUGAACUUUGUUAUGAACUUUGUUAACAUGAAGUUAUUAUAUGAUAGUAUAUAUGUUCAAG